CAUUUCCCGGAAUUCCGUCGUGUUUUUUGGCGUGUCAUUCUCCCCAUUCCAACAUUCUUUCAUGCAUUUUAUGUGGUUUUUCAUCAACAAAAUCCAUCAACGGAUUCCAGUUUUGAUAAAUUAGGAACUCAAUCUUUUGAUUGUUUUUGUAGGGUUGUGCUUGAUGAGGAUUUAACAUUGAAUUUUGAUUGUGAAUUGAGUAAAUUGAGGAAUGAAAUGGCUAAUCGAAUGAAGGACGAUGACAAGAAUGAGAAGAUCAUAAGAGGGCUUUUGAAGCUUCCUGCAAAUAGGAGAUGCAUCAAUUGCAACAAUCUUGGGCCACAGUAUGUCUGCACUAACUUUUGGACCUUCAUUUGUACAAAUUGCAGUGGAAUGCAUCGAGAGUUCACUCAUCGUGUGAAAUCCAUCUCAAUGGCUAAAUUCACCUCACAAGAAGUUAUUUCACUUCAAGCAUGCGGCAAUUCGCGUGCAAAGGAUAUUUAUUUCAAGGAAUGGGAUCCUCAAUGGCAUUCAUAUCCCGAUAGCAGCGAUAUUGAUAGUCUAAGGGAGUUCAUUAGACAUGUUUAUGUGGAUCGAAAGUAUACCGGUGAAAAAGGCACAAACAGGUCUUCAAGGAUGAAGGGUCAUAGUCAAGAUUUCAGUGAAAACAAAAUGUCCAAGCUUUGUCGUAGUUCUUCAAGAAGUCCACCUUAUGUUGUUAAGCACAGAGAUGGCUAUAAGUUAAGAUGUAAUUCUGAUAAAAGAAGCCCUGGCUACUUUGAAAUUGUUGAUGAGAGACAUCGAGAUAGGAGAAAUGGAAAUGUGAACCAAAAAUCAAAACUUGAUAGACAAGAAAUUUCUGAUGUAGUAAGCAAAGGCAGAUGGAAAGUCACCGGACAGACAAAAGGAUAAUCAUUCAUCAAGUUUGCCAAUGGUACACCCUGUUACUGAUAUUUUGGGUGAUGACGUACCUUCAAUUCAAGUUCCUGAAGUACCUCAGAGGACUGCAAAAUCAACCAGCAUGGGAUCUAAUGAUGGAAAUUCAGGAAGUUUGAUUGAUUUCAAUGUGGAUUCUGGAACACCUGCUGCUGCAGUAUCUGCACAGGAAAUAGUUUCUCAACAAACUAACUCCCCCUGUUGAAAGUGUGGAUUGGACAUGUUUUGAUCUUGCAUCCCAACAAAAGCCUCCCCAAGCUACUACCACUACUACAAAUGCAAACCUACUUGAGUCUGUGUUCAAUCAAUUGUCCAUAGCGGGAACUUCAACUGCAUCAAAUGUACCAACCUCUCCAGUACUUGCUAUCGACGAUAGAUUGGCAAUAAUGGUUCAAAAUUCAGAAGCUGUGGUUUCAGAUGUUGAUAUUUUUCCUGCGAAUACAACAUCAAGUGCAUCAAACAACCCUGUUAUUGGAACCUUCUUCAGUGGUCCCAAACAUGCAAUUUGAACAUACAUCUCAGGUGAUAAGUGAAGUGAUACCACAAAUUCCAGUAGACACAAAACCUAUGGGUAGAAAGGAACUUCCUCA